CCCUCCACCCCCCCCCUCCCCGGGUGCUGGCCGUGAUGCGCUGACCGGCCUCGGGGUGCUGUCGGCGGGAGGGGAGAAAGCAGCGGCAGGGCUGUGCUGGUCCUGAUGUAGGGGAAGAUCCAGAGGCCGUUGUCUGAAAACUGCUGGCCCAGCUGCGGCAUGCCCUGAGGAGGGAGGUGGUCGGUGCUACCUCUUGCUGCGACGCCGGUGCUCUCUGAAAACUCCUUGAGCCGGCUCAGAAAGGACGUGGUACAGCAUCGCUCCCUCGAAGGUCUCUCAGUCUCGACGGGAAAGGCAGAGCUCCUGCCGCUCCUCCCGUGUUUGGGAGGAUGCUCCGUCAGCUCCGAGAUGCUGCUGCAUCCAAAAACGUGUGUCUGCGUGGUGGCUGGUUCUGAAUGCGAGGAGGGAAGAUUUUAGGACCGGGUGACGAGAAAUGCAGCUGAAGUGCAAGAAAGUACUAAGCCAUUUCACUCUUUUAGCAUCUUCCCCUCUGUAUGGGAGAUGUUAAUAGUUUUGCAAUUGUAUUUACAUUUUGGAGGAAGGGGGAUGUGACACGGGCCUCCCCUUCACCAGAGAAGGAAAAUUGAUUUUGCUCCCUUUUAAAUUGUGUUAGAAAACUACUGCUGUAAAACUUUACAUGAGCUGCUGGUUGGUCUUAAGGGAAGACGACUGAAUUAGUUCCAGAUGGAGAACUCUUUCAGCCCGUUUUAGGCUUCCCAGUUGAUUUAAGACAGCAGGCAGAAAAAAUGGAAUAGACCACAUGAAGAAGCAUGUGAAGUUUAUUUUUAUGCAAGAUGUUAUUCGGAGGACCAAGCAUACUUUUUCAGGCCACGGGAGAUGAAAGACUAAUGACAUAUUUUUGUUUUGUCAAAGUGCUGUUCUGUGCUAAGUCAAUGUUGGUUUGUAUUAAGGACAAAUACUAAUUUCUUAAUGCCAGCAUGUCGACUAUGACAAGUGCUCAGACACCAGAGGAACCUAAUCCUCCCCCGCUUGAAGAAAAGCCAAAGGGAAAAUCACUAUUUCAUUUCGGUUCGCUCUUUGCUAACAGGAGUGAAAAAUUCGUAAUUGCUAGGAGUGAUAGUGUGCCAGAGGAGAAUGUUCUGAAAAUAACUAUCACGGAGACUACGGUCAUUGAGUCAGACUUGGGCAUCUGGAAUUCUCAUGCUCUCAUCUACCUCACUUUGUGGUUUUUCUUCAGCUUUUGCACUCUUUUUCUUAACAAAUAUAUUCUUUCAUUACUGGAAGGAGAGCCCAGCAUGCUAGGUGCUGUUCAAAUGCUUUCAACCACCUUCAUUGGCUGCAUAAAAAUGUUUGUUCCAUGCUGCUUGUAUCAACACAAAACACGCAUCUCUUAUCCACCCAAUUUCAUCAUGAUAAUGCUGUUUGUUGGACUAAUGAGAUUUGCAACAGUAGUCUUGGGUCUUGUCAGCUUGAAAAAUGUGGCAGUUUCAUUUGCAGAAACCGUUAAAAGCUCUGCACCUAUUUUUACUGUUAUCAUGUCUCGGAUGAUAUUGGGGGAAUACACUGGAUUGCUGGUUAAUCUCUCUCUGAUUCCUGUUAUGGGUGGGCUAGCUCUCUGUACAGCUACUGAAAUCAGUUUCAACAUUCUAGGUUUCUCAGCAGCUUUAUCUACUAAUAUCAUGGACUGUUUGCAAAAUGUCUUUUCCAAAAAACUACUCAGUGGAGAUAAAUACAGAUUUUCAGCCCCAGAGCUUCAGUUCUACACAAGUGCUGCUGCAGUGGUUAUGCUUAUUCCAGCAUGGAUAUUUUUCAUGGAUGUGCCUGUGAUUGGGAAAAGUGGGAGGAGCUUCAGCUACAACCAAGAUGUUGUCAUACUUCUCUUAAUAGAUGGAGUCUUGUUCCACCUACAAAGUGUUACAGCCUAUGCCUUGAUGGGAAAAAUUUCUCCUGUGACUUUCAGUGUUGCUAGUACUGUGAAGCAUGCGCUGUCAAUCUGGCUAAGUAUUAUUGUGUUUGGUAACAAAAUCACAAGCCUCUCGGCCAUUGGGACUGUUCUAGUGACAAUUGGAGUUCUACUAUAUAACAAGGCAAAGCAGCAUCAGCAAGAGGCUAUACACAGCCUGGCAGUUGCAGCCCCGCAAUCCGCACAAAGUACAACUGAAGAUACUGAGCCACUCAUUUCCAAGGAUCUGGAACCAUAUGAUUAAUACGGCCAUUUAUUCUUUCAACCUAGUGUAGCUCAAAGGAACUCUUCCUGAAAGUGGUUAUUUCUUCAACUGUUGAUGCUGAUUUGGUUCCUUUGAGUUCAUGACAGGUCAAGCCUGGGACCUGAAGCAGAGAGAAAACAAUGGGAAGAAUCCAGUAAGCUUUGAUUUACUGAGAAACUGAUAUACCAAACAGAGGACCUGGUGUCAUGUAAUGUGGUAAACGUGGGAUUUAUUGUCUUUCCUUGACUGCAAAUAACACACAAGCCUCUAUAUUAGAGAGACAACUUCAGUGUCCUGUGGGAAAAUUAUUCCUUUCUCCCUACCCAUCAAAAUAAUGUGAAAACAUGGACCCAUCACUGGAUUCUGCUUGCUUGCAGUGGAAUGAAAUUGGUGCGUAACUGAAAUUCCUAGUUGUUUGGUGCUCUACGCUGCCCACAUCCUCCAUCAUUUGUGUGCAUUGUAGACCUGGAAGAAGGAAUGAAACAAAUGACUUACUCUGGUGUACGUUUAGUUGAAGCAAACUGUGGAAAUGAGUCCAUGCCCCAAAGCAGUGAUGAGCUGCUAUUUCUGACUACAAGGCUAGGAAUGAAAAGUGAUUUUUCUACUAAAAUUUAACAGAAAUAUCGCAUCCUGGUUGUGUAUUGACAAUAUUGAAAUGCAAGUGUACACACAUAUACAUACACUGUAUAAAUGGACUGUUGAAUUAAAUAUUUGCAGUUGCUUAGAGGUAAAAAACACUGAAAACUUUUGGUGGUAAAGGAAGCAGGAUCUCUAUAUUUCUAUAAGAAACCAUUUUAAUAUUUUACUUUUUUGCAUUUUAUUAUGUAUUUCUGUUAUGAGGGAAUAAAUCGAUUUUUUUGGUAUUAUUUCUAAGAGUGCAACAAAAUACCGCCUUUUAGAAACUCAGGGUUAUAAUUCUGACCUAUGUGCAAAGUAUUUCUAUUGUUCCUGAUUAUGUAAACAAUCUCAGAGGUAUCUGUGACAGAUGGAAGAGAGGUCACUAAAGGGAGGAAUGUUAACCAUAAACUGAGGCUAAUCUUUAUUUCUACUGCUCUUAAGUUUUCUUUAAAAAAAAAAAAAAAAUCUGUUUUGUGGUAGAUCAAAGAUUAAAAGUAAACUUUCCUUUCAAAAAAUUCUUAAGUAUUAGUGCAAAAAAGCACAUGUAGCUACCAAAACAUUCAAAUGGACUUUUUGGUAACAAAAUGAAAUUAACAAUUAAAGUGAACUGAUUUUUAAUAAUUGCCACUCUUCUGAAAGAUUGUAGCAUGGCAUUAGAAACAUGGAUAAAGUGGUCUUUUAUGGUAAAAAUAAUUUCUAAUGGGAAGUUACCAGUGGAGUUCCUGCAAAAUUUAAGCUCAUGCUUACGUUUCUGCAUGUGAGGUAUUCCAUUAGCUUUAGUGAACUAUUCCUGCAGAGAGCAGAGCAAAAAUGUAUUCCGAGGGAGUCCCUCUGAAGAAGCCUGUCUUCUGUUUAAAUAGCGUGUGCUUGUUUUGUCUUAUGCUUACUUCAGGCUACAUUCCUAUACAUGACUGGUCACCUGGGGCGUAUUCCCUGAAGAUUUGAGUGGGAGGGAAAUGUGAAUUUUUUUCAUCAUUGUAUAUGUGAUGUCUGUGGUUUUUUGUUUCUUUGUACUCCUAUCACUUUUACAAAAGCUGCGGACUAUGGGGUGGAGCUCUGUGGUUUUUUGGUUUUGUUUUUUGUUUUUCCCGUUAUGCUUUCAAAAAUCUCAGUGUAUUUGGCAGAAAACAAGUCUGGUUUGCAUCAUAUUUCUACUCUUGUUGGAAAACAGAAAUACAAAUGGCUUUCUGGUUGCCUAGCUCUGUUCUCAUGUAAACUGCUUCAUUAACUGGUUGAGCUUCAUUUUAAAAGCUAGCAGGCUUUUGCCUUUCCUAUUGCUGGAAAACUUUUUGUGAACCAAACAGCUGGGAGGAUUUUGGAACUUGUAGUUUCUGAUACAUGUCUAAGCUUAUUAGUGGCUGGUUUAGCCCCACGUGUUCUGUGGCAGCAUGAUAAUCGUGUUUUACUAGGGGUUUGUUUUCACAGUGUUGAUCUUAUGUACUUUUCUAUGCAGUCUUCUUGGCCUUUUAUUAGAUUAAACAAACCAACCUCUUUACUGUCUA